GAGGGCGAGAUCGAUAGCUGUUUAAAGGAUGGGAGGAGGACUGCGGCGGGGAAGCUCGGCUCCCCGCUGCUCAAAUGGAAGGAGUUCGAAGCCGGCCCGAGGGCGGGUAGUGUUGAAUGGUUUGCAAAGGGCAGCGAUCGCUGGCGCUAUUCUUACGAUACUGUGUUGCGCGCGCCGUUUGCAACCUGGUGCCCUUCAUGUGUUGCAUCUGGAGGGCACAAGGUUAUGAAAGGGUGAUGUGCACCAUCAGGCCUCCAAGAAUACAAUCCUACCUUGUUAAGUUCCGUGGAACUUACUCUGGAACUUUCUCCCAAAGAUUUUUACAUUGGCUCAGUAUUUUGGAUCCAGGAUAUUUAUUUGCAUCCUAUGCAAAAAUUGAAAAUGCCAGAGCACUGUUGGCCAGAACAGAAAACAUUACAGAAUCCUUACAGGACAAAAAGAUGAAAGAAGCCUGGAACCUAAGUCUGGGUUCUGUGCAUCCUGGUACAGGUGAUAUAAUUCCUGCAUUAUUUAGGCCAACAGCUUUUCCGCUCUGUUCCACUACAUUGCUUCUUUUUAGUUUAUUGCCCCACAGAAGAGAAAAUCAAGCUAUAUGGCAGUUUAUUUUCCAUUCAUACCUUGUUGGAUUCGGCUUUGCAAAUGGGAAUUCUGAGAAAAGAACAAACAAGAAUGGUCCAGAAAACGUUAAAGAAUAUCCAUACAAGGAGUUACUUUUCAGCAGUGGGACAGUCUUGUUUUCUGCCUUUUGUGGGACAUUUCCUCAUUUUGUGAUAAAUCACAUUAAACCACAGAGACCUUCUGUGCAACUUCUCUUCAAGUAUAUCAUCCCAGGUCCACUUACAGCCACCUUGGCUGCAUUUAACCUGACCGUGAUCAGAACCAGGGAGUUGGAGGAGGGGAUUGAAGUAAUGGAUAGCAAAGGCAAAGUAAUUGGAGUGUCUCAAAGAGCAGGAAUUAAGGCUGUAGAAGAAACAGCAUUAUCCAGAGCAGCAUUGUUUGGUACAGCAAUUCUUGUCCCAGAUCUCAUUCUGCUGUGCUUAAGACGUGCAUUCUUAGCGCUUCAGAAUCCACUUGUUUUCAAUCCACUGAGAUACGGUGCACUGGUUUUCAUUUAUGGCGCAGUGAUACCUGUUUCAUUUAGUUGGAUGCCACAGAUAGGCACGAUAAAACGAAGUGUCCUUGAACCUGAAAUAGCAUCUUCCACGGAAGAAACUGAAUUAUUUUACAACAGGGGACUGUAAUCAUUGGGGAAUUUCACAACUUGCCAGGAGUGUUGCUCCUGUUGCAACAAAAUAUACUUGUCCAAACAUUUGGUUUUAAGCCUAAAUUGUCAUCUUAAUUUUGGGUCCUCAGGCUGAGGUUCACAUGAUGGCUGCUUCAACUUGUUUUCAUAUAUUCACCACUGUUCAGUCCAAUCUCAAGUCCUAUGUCUCCUUUGCAUUUUGAUGCAAUCAUAUGUGAAAACUGCAGGUAACUUUUAUUGGAAAAAAGACCCUAAUAUUACCCAUGCCUUUCAAAAGAGAAAGGAUUUAAUUUUGUGAUCUACCUAUUGUAACAGAUUUUCCUCCUGCCUCAAAUGCUUUCAGUGACUGUUCAGUGGAAUAAAUUUAAUGUACAUCA